AUGCGGCACCACUUGCUCCUCUUCGCCGCCGCUGCCACGGCAACAGCAAAACACGGCAAUGACACGAACUCGCCAAAGUUCCCGGCACCGUUCCCGUCGCCGUUCCCGGUAGCGACGAUAUCCUCCGGCGUGGUGCAGGGUCUGGCGACGUCCCUCCCCGAUGCGCCGCACGUCGUGACCAAGUUCCUCGGAAUCCCGUAUGCCGCACCACCGGUCCGAUUCGCACUGCCUCAGGCGCCAGAGUCAUGGAUGAGUCCCUUAAACGCGACUGCAUUCGGGGCGUCGUGCUACCAGAACUUCGUCAACAACUCCGUUGCUACUCGACCCGAGGUCACGGAGGCGCUCUACAACAACCCGCCCGCGCCGGAGAGCGAAGACUGCUUGAAGAUCAACGUCUUCGCCCCUGCUAAUAGGUCUCGUAGAAAUAACAGCUCGCGCGCAGUGCUGGUCUUCAUCCCCGGCGGGGCGUUCCAGAUCGGCAACGGCAGAGCUGACCUGUCCGCCUUUGCGGCGUACGAGAAUAUCGUCGCCGUUGCUUUCAACUACAGAAACAACAUCUUCGGCUUCCCCGCCUCCUCCCAGAUCCCCGUCACAGAGCGCAACCUCGGCCUUUACGACCAACGGCUCGCUCUCGACUGGGUCCAGAAGAACAUCGCCGCGUUCGGCGGCGACCCGUCCAAGGUCACGAUCUGGGGCCACUCCGCCGGCGCCACCUCCGUCGACUACCUCCUCCGCUCCUACGGCGAAAACGACACAGCGCCAGCCCCCUUCCGCGCCGCCAUCAUGCUCAGCGGCCAGAGCACCUUCGGCCUCGCCGCGGCCAGCUACCCCACCAACGGCCCGAUGUGGGCAGGCAUCGCCGCGGCGGUCGGCUGCGCCAACGCGACGGACGUGCUGGAGUGCAUGCGGCGCGUACCCGCGCAGACCCUCGUCGACGCACAGCGCGCGACGGGCAUCCUGACCGGCCCCGAGCGCGACAACGUCACGCUGCCGUCGCUGCCCGUGGAGGCGUGGGAGAGCGGGCAGGUCGCGCAGGUGCCGCUGCUCAUGGGGACGGUGGCGCAGGAGGGGCGGGGGCUGAUCAACGACGGGAUCACACUUGAUUUGUUCUUCAACACAUACUUGCCGCCCACGCUCGUGACGGCGGCGGCGAGGGAGGGGAUUGUGGCGUCGUAUCGGGCGGACUCGAGUCUGACUACCGACUUCGACAUCGCGGCUGCGAUUUACACCGACUACGUCUUUCAGUGUCCGGCCGCGUUGCUCGCGCAGACGGCCGUCUCGCUCGACAUCCCGACGUGGCGGUACUAUUUCAACACGACCAUCCUGAACAUGGUGCCCGACAACCUAGGCUUCCUCGGCGUAUUCCACGGGUCGGACCUGUUCCUGCUGUUGAGCAUUCCCGGCAGGUCGAAUUACACGCCGCAGCAGUUUGCGGUGUACGAGUACUUGCGCGACGCCUUUGCGAGGUUCGUCAAGGAGCCGACGAACGGCCCCGGGUGGGCAGCUGUGGGAUCGGAUGCUGCUCCUCUUGACGUGGUCGUUCUGGGCGAUGUUGGCAACGACAAGGAGGUUGUGACGCUGUAUAAUAGCACGCUUCUUGAUGCACGUUGCGCGCUGUACCAGGGAUAUUAUCCGAUUCUGCAAGCUGUAUUGGGAUAA